CCCCCGCGAUCAGGCAGCCCCCGGGGUGCCGGCGCUCCGCCCCGACGGGGCGGGCGGUGCCGCGGGGGCUGGCCGUGCCCCGCGGAGAGGAACCGGGAGCGGCAGGACGCCGAGCUCCGCCAUCCGCCAGCGACCAUGCAGCUCCUGCCGCUGCUCGCCUGGACGCUGCUGCCAGGCUGCUGGGCGGCGGUGAGGGGUCCCGGCACCGUGCGGGGAUUCGUGGGGGGGUCCCUCUCGGUGAACUGCACGUACCAGCAAGGCAAUGAGAUGAAGCCGAAAUUCUGGUGCUCUCCGGCAAGGAUUAUUUUUACCUGUGAUGAUGACAUCGUCAUCACCUCGAGGUAUCAUCCGGAGGUGCGGCGGGACCGAUUCUCCAUCCGGGACAAUCGCGCACGGCGGGUGUUCACGGUGACGGUGGAGGGCCUGACCGAGCGGGAUGCGGGCAUCUACCGCUGCGGGGUGCGAACAGACUUUCCCCGGGCUGACAAGAGUGAUGAUGUGGAGGUGAUCGUGUCCCCAGACCCGUCGCUCAACUCGGCCCCCACCCUCCCUCCGACCAAGCCCCGCCCGCCCGCGGCGGGGACGGACGCUCCGUCGGGGACCCCCGACCCGUUCCGCUGCUUCCCGGUGGUGGCCGGGCUGCAGGUGCUGGCGCUGAUAGCCAUGAGCGGAGCCGUGCUCUGGGUCAGCCUGCGGAGCGGCUGAGACCCCAG